CUGAGCUGGGAGCAGACCCUCAGCUCUGUGCCUGCUCCGGGCAGCGCGUACCCGCUGGCAGCUGUGGGCACAAAGGUGCUGAGCGUGCUGCCCCAGAGUUGGCACAGGGCAGGGGGGACCUGGAGGGGCUCUCACUACAGCAGAGCAGCACAUCAGGCCCCAGCCACCCUGCCCUGGGACUCUGGCCCUUUAAACCCUAAUUGGGGCCAUGCCUUUAAAAUGAGCCCUGGGGGGUUGGCCCUCUUACCCUGCAGGAGGAGGCUGGCCAGGAGCAGGUGGGCUGAGCAAGCUGGUCCUUCCCUCCACCUUUCUUCACCCACUUUCACCCCACUCUCCUGCCCUGGCACUUUUAUAGCUCCUGUAGCCCAGCUCCUGUCAGGCUGGGUUUGGCCCUGGUCUGGGUUUUAGUGUAGAAUUUGCACCCCUUUUUGCAUACAAAGCUUUCCCAUCCUUCAGCAUUUCUGUUCUAUGCCAAGCUGAAGCAGCUGGCAUGGUUGUCCUGGCUUGAUAGCAGCUGGCAGUAAACCGGAGUCUCCUCUUGCCUGUGACCAGCUCUACCUUUCCAGCAGGGAGAAGCAUGACUGCAGGGUCCCCUUAACUCUGCUACCAGCCAGCCCCAAUUCGCCCUGCUCGCCCACCACCCAUGCGCACACCCAUCAUGGCUUUGCUCCAUCCCUUCACCAGCCUCCUCCUCCUCCUCCUCCUUGCUGUGCCCCUUUCCCGGGCUGUGAAUCGUUCCCUGCUGCCCCCCGGCUCCCUGCCUGCCGUGCCCCCCCUGCCCCUCCUGCAGGCCCUGCAAGUGCGGGCACCAGGCAGCCGGGGUUGGCGAGUGGGGCCAGCAAGGGGGCAGCCCCUGCGCUACAUGCUCAACCUGUACCGGCGUGCUGCUGACCACGAAGGGAGACCGCGCCACGGCCGCAGCCUGGGCACCAACACCAUCCGCCUGGUCCGGGCCAGUUCCCACGGGGGCGAGCCCUGGGCAGGUCGCUGGUACGUGCAGCGCCUCACCUACCGCCUGGAGGGCCAGCCCGAGGCCGAGCACCUCCUCCGAGCCGCCGUGGUCUACCUACCGAGCCUGCCUCUGGCCCGCGGUCGCCUCCUCUGCGCCCUGGAGCUGGCAGCCACCGGCAGGGCACUGCUCAGCCCCACCGCCCACCACGGCUGGGCUGAAGCGGACGUCACCCCUUACCUGGUGCCGUGGAAUGGCAGCGUGGGGAGCCUGGCACUGCGGCAUGUCUGUGUGCGUGCUGGCCGGGCAGGGGGCCACGAUGCCCCAGUGGCCCUCAGCCACCCCUUCCUCCUCCUCUACCUCAACGACACCCAGUCUGGGCUGGCACCUCUGGCAGCAGAGCCCCACCGGCACCGGCGUGACACUGGGACACUGGCCCAUGACCUGCCUGGCUACCUGCGGGAGAAGGAAGGAGAGAAGAGCGACUGCUCCCUGCGCCCCUUCCCGGUCAGCUUUGCUCAGCUGGGCUGGGACCACUGGAUCAUCGCUCCCCACCGCUACAACCCACGCUACUGCAAGGGUGUCUGUCCCCACCUGCUCCGUUACGACUACCACGCGCCCAACCAUGCUGUUGUGCAGAGCUUUGUCCAUCAGCUGGUGGACGCCAACGUGCCCCGGCCCUCCUGUGUCCCCUACCGCUACAGCCCUAUCAGCGUCCUCAUGAUCGAGCGCGAUGGUGGAAUCCUCUACAAGGAGUAUGAGAACAUGAUUGCAGAGUCCUGCACCUGCCGAUAAUGACUUCUGCUCUGGCACAUCACCCCCGGCUCUGCCUGUCCCUGGAUCUGGACUUUAGGGUUUUGUCUUGCUCUGCCUGGGGCAGGUCUAUCCCCUCUCCCUGUGUGGCACUGCCCUGUGGGAAUGUUUUACAAUGGCAGUUUUAUGUAAAUUGUAGGUUUUUAAAGGCAGGAGCCUGUGCUGGGGCAGUAACCCCAUGGCAUCUGUCCUUCCUGCAGCCCCACGGCCGCUGCCUUUUAUUGGGGGGCAGGGGAGGGGUUGGCAUGAUGAUGCUCCGAGAGAAGAGGUGGACCCCUGGA